UCCUCUCCAGACCCCCACAGUCUGCUUCUCUCUUUUCUGUAGGUGGAACUCGCACUGGAGUCCCGCGAGUCCGUCCAAGUUUGUGAGAGAGUGAAGGGACACAAACCGGAGAGCAGAAGAGCCGUUGAACAGAGAGAGAGACAGAUAGAUAGAUAGAUAGAUAGAUAGAGAGAGAGAGAGAGAGAGAGAGAGAGAGAGCGGAGCAGAGGGAGAAUUCAGAAGCGAGUCCUGCUGUGUAUUCCUCCAAAGUACUGAGUGAUGAGUCGCAGUAUUGUGCGCCAGAGUAAGUUCCGGCAUGUUUUUGGACAGGCUGCGAAGGCAGAGCAGAGCUAUGAUGACAUUCGAGUUUCCAAGGUGACGUGGGACAGCUCCUUCUGUGCAGUCAACCCAAAGUUUUUGGCUGUUAUAGUGGAGUCCAGCGGAGGAGGGGCCUUUUUGGUUCUACCUCUGUCAAAGGUGGGCCGUGUGGACAAAAACUAUCCCUUGGUCAUAGGACACUCUGGGCCUGUCCUGGAUAUUGACUGGUGUCCCCACAAUGACAAUAUCCUGGCCAGUGGAUCUGAAGACACUACUGCUAUGGUAUGGCAGAUUCCUGACCACACUCCAUGCCGGCCAAUCAGCGAGCCCAUUGUAGUGCUGGAGGGACACUCCAAACGUGUGGGCAUUGUAAUGUGGCACCCCACUGCCCGCAACACUCUCCUCACUGCUGGCAGUGAUAAUCUGAUCAUCAUCUGGAAUGUGGGCACUGGAGAGCCUCUGAUCACAAUGGACGAUCACCCAGACCUCAUCUAUAACGUCAGCUGGAACUACAAUGGAAGCCUGUUUUGCACCACUUGCAAAGACCGCCGUCUUCGCGUCUGUGAUCCCAGGAAGAGAGAGGUGGUGGCGGAGAGACUGUCACCACAUGAAGGCAUCAGGCCGAUGAGAGCGAUCUUCACCAAAGAGGGCAACAUCUUCACCACGGGCUUCACCAGGAUGAGCCAGAGAGAGCUUGGUCUCUGGGACCCGACAAAUUUUGAGGAGCCCAUUGCACUUUUGGAGUUGGACACAAGUAAUGGGGUCUUACUGCCAUUUUAUGAUCCAGACACUAGCAUGGUAUAUCUGUGUGGCAAAGGGGACAGCAGCAUUCGGUAUUUUGAGAUCACAGAGGAGCCUCCCUAUGUGCACUACCUCAGCACAUACAGUAGCAAGGAGCCACAGCGAGGAAUGGGCUUCAUGCCCAAGAGAGGAGUGGACGUCAGCAAAUGUGAGAUUGCCAGGUUAUUCAAGCUCCAUGAAAGGAAAUGUGAGCCUAUCAUAAUGACAGUCCCUAGAAAGUCGGAUCUGUUCCAGGAUGAUCUCUACCCAGAUACCGUGGGUCCAGACCCAGCACUGGAGCCCGAAGAGUGGCUGGAUGGCCGAGAUGAAGACCCCAUCCUGAUCUCCCUGAGGGACGGCUAUGUUCCACCAAAGAGCAGAGAGCUAAAAGUGUCUAAGAAGAAUGUCCUGGACUCUAGGCCUGCACCUCGCAGGAGCUUGUCUGCUGUUGAUGGGAGCAGUUUGCCACCUCAGUUGUUGGAGAAGCUUGUGGAGGAAAUUCAAAGUCUGAAGGCCACAGUUCUUUCUCAAGAGAAGCGAAUCUGUGACUUAGAGAAUAAACUCUCCAAGUACACCAACGGCACUGUCUGACCGAUUUAGUAAAGCACAGUCAUCCCUGUACACACUGCCCAGUCCCCACCGACUCCUAAUAGAUGCACCCAUGUAUACCACACUACCAUAGCAUUGAUUGAGUUUCUAUUAAAGUGCAUUCACUACUUACAGCUUCUGUUAUUGAGGCAAUGAGCAAUAGUCAAAGUUAAAAUGAUGGAUCUUACUAAUGCUAUCACUCAUGCUUUACAGCAUGUUUUCAAACACAUAAUAAUUUUAAAGGACAUUUACUGCACAUAAGCUACACAAGUGUGAACUUGAAGAAUGUUACAGGAUUAUAGAUUUCCCCUGCAGUUAAUAGUUAAUUCUUUGUAAUAGUCAUAUUCAACCUGACCUGUUCUCUGUGGGAGCCACUGUAUGAACCUUCCAGAACUAUGUUGACCUGGAUAUACAGUACUGUGCAAAAGUCAGAAACCACACUUCAUCAUUUAAUUUCCAAAUUAGUCAAAAAUUAGUCAAAAAGGCCAUUAGGUAUCAG